AUGGCUCUCGAAUCUAGUGAAAGAACGCCAUUGCUCAGUGAGAGCAAUGGCGCACAAACAGCAGUGCCAAUAGGAGCCUCCAGCUUGUCUGAUAUCGAAGAGAUUGAUGGUCUGCCGGACCCGAAUGUCAUAUGGUGGGAUCAAGAUGAAGAUCCUGAACACCCUUACAAUUGGCCUCGUUGGCUCUCCAUGUCCACUUGUUUCCUAAUUAGUGCAAUGACAUUCUUGACUGCACUUGCGUCCUCAAUAAUUGCGCCCGCUGUACCGCAGUUGAUGGCAGAAUUCGACAAUGGAAACUUGCAGGUUGCCGCUUUCGUUGUAUCAGUAUACAUUCUUGGAUUCGCUGCCGGUCCCCUGAUAAUUGCGCCUCUGUCUGAAAUAUACGGUCGUGUUCCGAUAUAUCAUGUCUGUAACGUCGGUUUCACCAUCUUUGCCGCAGCGUGCUCCCUGUCGCCCAAUAUCCAAACUCUGAUCAUCUUUCGAUUUUUUAAUGGACUCUUUGGUUCCUGUCCUGCGACAAUUGGAGGUGGCUCAAUCACGGACAUGAUUCCACAAGAAAGAAGGGCCGCCGUGGUAGCAGCAUAUACUGUCGGUGCUCUUUUUGCCCCUAUCCUUGGUCCCAUGGCUGGUGGGAUCAUUGCGGAGAAAUUCGGCUGGCGUUGGGAUUUCUGGCUUCUAGCUAUUUCCGGAGCCGUCUUCUCGAUUUUCAUGAUGUUUGUCUUGAAGGAGACUUAUCAUCCGGUUAUCCUCGAGCAAAAGGUUCAUCGUCUGCGUAAAAUAACGGGUAACCAGCUGCUGCGAUCCAAGCUUGACAUUGGUCUUUCGCGCAGAGCGUACUUUUUGCGCAGCAUUGUUCGUCCGUUGAAGAUGCUGACGCUUUCCCCGAUCGUGAUCAUUACAUCCUUGUUCAUCGCUGUCACAUACGGAUAUAUGUAUCUAUUAUUCACUUCAUUCACCGAGGUCUUCCAGCGAUAUUAUGGCUUCACUACCAGCAAUGUCGGUUUAUGUUUCCUUGGGCUUGGGCUGGGGUCUUUCCUCGGCGUUGCCAUAUUUAGUGCAACGUCAGACAAAAUGAUCAAAAGAAAGGCCGCUCAGGAGAAUGCUGAAACCGAUGUGAUAGGCUCCCAGAAAAAAGGCACCAUCAAACCAGAGUACAGACUUCCACCUCUACCAUUCGCGGUGUUGUGUCUCCCGGUGGGCUUAUUGAUAUAUGGUUGGACCGCGGAAUGGCGUCUUCAUUGGAUCGUUCCCAUAAUUGGCACAGUUUUCAUUGGCCUUGGGCAAUUGUUGUUGUUUAUGGUGCUGCAAAUGUACCUGAUUGAUUCAUUUACCAUCUAUGCUGCUUCCGCUGUUGCAGCAAUUACGGCAGUAAGGUCUAUUUCGGGUGGCUUAUUGCCACUUUUCGGUUUGACUAUAUACGAUAAAUUCGGUGUCGGGUGGGGAAAUACCUUGCUUGCGGUUGUUUGUUUGCCGCUAGUUUUGGUGUCGUUCUUACUUAUCAGGUAUGGAGAGACGCUCAGGGAGAAGUUCCAGGUGAAGAACCUGUGA